AUGGCCAACCCUAGGCAAACCGUCCAUCAGCAAGCCACCCAAAAUUUCACCGGCCUCGCUUCACCCAUCACCGUUCCACCCAUAGUCAACGACAAUUCAUGGCAGAUUCCAUCUUAUGCCAUGCAAGCCAUCACCAAUACCAUUCAAUUCCAUGGCCGAGACGAUGAGGACGCCCCGACCCACAUCAACCGUUUCUCUCGUAUGCUAGCUACCUUUAGCCUUCACGGUGCACCCAACGAUGCCACCUACCUACAGCUUUUCCCAUUCUCAUUAGCCGGCCGUGCGGCUACUUGGUUGGACUCUCAACCAACCGGUAGCUUCACCACAUGGGCGGGGCUUCGUCAAGCCUUUUUGAAUAAGUAUUUCCAGCCCGCUAAAGCCUCACGCCUUAGAGACCAAAUCCACUCCUUUCGCAUGGAGCCCGACGAGCCUUACUACCUAGCUUGGGAGCGUUUCCAAAACCUGUGUGCUCGUUGCUCCCAGCAUGGUCUUUCCGACUGGGCUUUAUGUGAGAAAUUUUAUAACGGUCUCACCCAAGAGACUCGUGAUAGGUUCGAUACUAAUGCGGGGGGGGGGGGGGGGCAUAUGAUGGGUAUUCUUACAGUUGCUGAGUGUCUAGAGCGUUUUGAGGCAUUUGCUCAGUCUCAAUCCCAAUCACGAUCCGAUCAGAGGUAUCAAAGUGGUAAUUCCAAUACCACUACUAGUGCACCCGCCCGAGGGGUGAACCAUGUCACCAUGGAUCCUAGUUUAGCCUCUGUUUUGGAAAACAUGUCUAGGGAACUUAAAGAAAUCAAGGCUAAGGCAGACAAAUGUGAGUAUUGUCGAGGGGGUCACGACACAAAUGCGUGUCCAUUACUUGUUGGUGAGGAGCAGGUCGAUUUCGUAGGAGGAGGGUUUGGUAGAGGUCAAUCUAGCGGUUUUGGUAAUAAUAAUCUUGGGUCGGGUUGGCGAAAUAAUAAUAAUAACUUUAAUAAUAACACUUUUCGCUCAAAUGGACCCCCUGGCUUUAAAAUGGCUCAAAACCCAAAUAGGGGCCAAAAUUCGCUCUUUGGUGGGGGUUCAGGUGGGCAGUUCAACAAAGGGUUCAAUGGGCAGGUUAAGGAUGGGGGGUCAAAUAACCAAGGUCAAACAGGUCAAGGUUCAAGCUAUGAUCUAGGGGGUAGUUUAGAAAUGAUCGAGUCCAUGAUGAGUCAACUAAUUGUUAGGGACCAAACCACUCAAAAGACCCUUAGUGAACACGAUCUCAUGCUUAAGAACCACCAAGCCUCCUUCCAAGAUCUUCAACGAGUCAUAGGGGAUAUGUCUAGAAAAUUAGAGGAGAGGCUACUCGGUCAGUUUGUGGGUCACACCCAACCCAAUCCCAAUGCCCAUGCUAAAGCCAUUACCACUCGUAGUGGCAAGACCGUAGGGAACCCAAGCGUAGAAGAGAGAGUAGUUGAUGAAGAGGGAGGUGAUAGAUGA